AUGAAAAUAGGCGGUUUUAUCAAUGAUUGCUCAUAUUCAUCUGAGAAAUUUGCUCGAAGUGGCUUCGAAGCAAUUGAAACUGUUGUUCUUCCGGAAGGUCCACUCCCCGACUUCUCACAUGCCAUCGAGCCACAUUUGCGUAGACCUGGAAUGCCAACAAAACUUGAUCGUGGUAUUGUGACACUCAUGAACGACUACACAAUUUGCGAAAAAGGACAAACAUUGACACCUGAACAAGCAAAGAUUCUCAAGUUAGUUGAACGACCACUUGCGACAUUUAAAGUUAACAUCGAGUGUUAUUAUACAAAAAAAGAUGGUUUUGAAGCUAUCAAAAUGCCGGAAUCCGAUAAAAAAUCGUUUCUGAGAAAACCAAUGAAAGCGAAAGAUAAACUCAAUCUCAAGAACAACAAAACAUCAAAGAAAUCUGACUGCAAAAGUAAAGAAGCUAUAAUGAUGGAAAUUAUCGAAGCAUCUGAUUCAAAUGGGGAAGAUUAUGAUGAUACAGGUUCUGAUAAAGACAUGGAAGCUUCUGAUUAA